AUGGACUUGGAGAGGUUGGACAUAGAGUUGGUGGACGGGGAUCCACAGGGGUUCAUUUUUCUGUUUGACGCAGAGUUGAUGAAAAUUGUGGAGAAGGUACGAAGUGAACUGCAAACUGUCUUCAAUGUUUCUGAGGAUGAGGUUCUCAGAUUUCACACCAAACCAUGUGUACCUAAUGACACAGAGAUUAAAAGAAUGAUUUUGGAGGAAGCUUAUCUCUCUCUUUACACUAUUCAUCCAGGAAGCAUGAAGAUGUAUAGAGAUCUGCGAGAAUCAUUUUGGGAUAGUUAUGUUGUUGUCAGAGGUAGUAGUAGUGAGGGAGCUACCCAUGAGGGUGGUAGCGAUUCUAUAGUGGUGCCCCAGCUGUUUAUGGCCGAGGUUAUGUGGAGCUCUUGGAGGCAGGAUCGUCCCACUGCUGAGUUGGGAGAUUUUAUUGAGAAGUUCACUUGCCUAAAGCCUCCUACCUUCACGGGAAGUACCAACCUGAUCCUUGUAGAGAAUUGGAUUCGAGAAAUUGAGAAGAUCUUGGUCGUGUUGCGAUGCACCGAUGAGCAGAAGGUGCUAUAUGCUACGUUUAAACUAACUUGA